UCUUCCUUGUGCCACGGCCGCCGCCUCUGCCUCGCUGCUCCUGCCCCUCUGCAGCUACCUAGGCGGCGUUAGCAGCGCGAGGGGAAGGGAGAGGGCCGACGAAUCGUACGAGCGCGCGCAGGGGUCCCCGCAGUCCCAGCAGUUCCCUUCGCGCGGAGUGGGCGGCGAGGGUCAGCCGCAGUCAGGGGAGGCCCUAGACGGCGCCAUGUCGGCUGGCGGCCCGUGCCCGGCAGGAGCCGGAGGGCGCCCGGGAGGCGCCUCCUGUGCCGUGGGGGUCUCCCCUGGUGGGGUAUCCAUGUUCCGGUGGCUGGAGGUGCUGGAGAAGGAAUUCGACAAGGCCUUCGUGGAUGUGGAUCUGCUCCUGGGUGAGAUCGAUCCGGAUCAGGCGGACAUCACUUACGAGGGGCGACAGAAGAUGACCAGCCUGAGUUCCUGCUUUGCGCAGCUUUGCCACAAAGCCCAGACCGUGUCCCAAAUCAAUCACAAGCUAGAGGCACAGUUGGUGGAUCUGAAAUCUGAACUGACAGAGACUCAAGCAGAGAAAGUUGUAUUGGAGAAAGAAGUACAUGAUCAACUUUUACAGUUGCACUCUAUUCAGCUUCAGCUUCAUGCUAAAACUGGUCAAAGUGUUGACUCCGGCACCAUUAAGGCAAAAUUGUCUGUCCCCUCUGUGGAAGAGCUGGAAAGAGAACUUGAGGCAAACAAAAAAGAAAAAAUGAAAGAAGCUCAACUUGAAGCUGAAGUGAAAUUACUGAGAAAAGAAAAUGAGGCCCUUCGUAGACAUCUAGCUGUUCUCCAGGCUGAAGUUUAUGGUGCAAGACUGGCAGCUAAGUACUUGGAUAAGGAGCUGGCAGGAAGAGUCCAACAGAUACAAUUAUUAGGAAGAGAUAUGAAGGGGCCUGCUCAUGAUAAGCUUUGGAACCAAUUAGAAGCUGAAAUACAUUUGCAUCGUCACAAAACUGUGAUCAGAGCCUGUCGAGGACGUAAUGACUUGAAACGACCAAUGCAAGCUCCACCAGGCCACGAUCAAGAUUCCUUAAAGAAAAGCCAAGGUGUUGGUCCAAUUAGGAAAGUUCUCCUCCUUAAGGAAGAUCAUGAAGGCCUUGGCAUUUCAAUUACAGGUGGGAAAGAGCAUGGUGUUCCAAUCCUCAUCUCUGAGAUCCAUCCAGGACAGCCAGCCGACAGAUGUGGAGGACUUCACGUUGGGGAUGCCAUUUUGGCAGUGAAUGGUGUUAACCUAAGGGACACAAAGCAUAAAGAAGCUGUAACUAUUCUUUCCCAACAGAGAGGAGAAAUUGAAUUUGAAGUAGUUUAUGUGGCUCCUGAAGUAGAUUCUGAUGAUGAAAAUGUAGAAUAUGAAGAUGAGAGUGGACAUCGUUACCGUUUAUACCUUGAUGAGUUAGAUGGAGGUGGCAACCCUGGUGCUAGUUGCAAAGAUGCAAGUGGGGAAAUCAAAGUGUUACAAGGAUAUAAUAAGAAGGCAGUAACUGAUACACAUGAAAAUGGAGACCUGGCAACUUCAAGUGAGACUCCACUAGAUGACAGUGCUUCAAAAUUAGAUGACCUGCACAGUCUAUAUCACAAAAAGUCUUUCUAAUCUGACUGUAUCUCCAGACAGGAUUGUUAAUGAGACUGUUCUGAAUUGGGGGCACUAGGGACGAUGGUGACAAAAACUGUACAAGAUCAAGGGAGGGCUGUUUGUUGCCUGAAUGAAAGGCGUGUACCUCAGGGCUUCAUGUGAACAAUUCUAAAUGCAUAAAACCCCAUUUUCUGUGGCAUACCAUAAUUAGCAUGUAAAGCAGUUUUUAUUUUCUUGAAAUCAUAAGUACCAAAGCAUGUGUUUCCCAAAGGGAUAUUACAAGGUAUUACUUUCAAGUACCAAACAAAGCACCACUGUUUUAUUAGGUUCCUUUUCUAUUUAGUAGAAGGAUAUUGCUAACUGGAACUUUGAACGAAAUAGCCAGUCAAUACAAGAGUAAAUUAGCUCAUAGUAUAUUCCAGUAUGUUACUUUUGGUGUUUCAAAAGGUAAAACUUGACUCAAUGAAUUGCAAAAUGUAGGUUUGACUUAAUUUUUUUUUUUAACUGAAAGAAUGGUUUUAGUUUUUUUUUUUUAAUUUAUUGUAUAUCCUGAUAUAUAAAUCAGUUCAUAAUGAUCAUUUACUGUAAUGAGUUUACCUUUCAUCUUUAUUCCAUGCAGUAUAUUUUUCUUUAAGCAAUCCUUAAUCAAUGCUGCACUAGAAAAAGUUUCUGGAAAGUUAUGUACAUUUUACUUUUUCAGUUUUUAAAUGAAAUGCAGAUGAGUUUAAAAUAUCUGUUCUCAAUUAUGUUGACCUGUGUGCAUGGUGUUGGAGCAUUACACUGUUAAUGUUCAAUCCCAAGUGCUGCUUUUCUGGGAUCCACAAAAGACAGUUCUAUACAUUUUGAGUUGUUCAUAAAGUUUGUCUUAUUGUGAUAGUCCUGGCACCUUAAGAUCCAUUUUUAUGUCAGUAAAAGCACGAAUGUAUUACUGUGUCAUGAAAUACGUUGCAUUCAAAUAGCAUUUUUCUAAGUAACUGAUUUGCCAAUCAUCUAUAAAGCUGGGGUCAGAGACAGGCAAGAUGAAGGGAGACGGUAGUGGUUUGGGUUGUGUUUUCAUGUCGGUGUAUGUGUGACUAAAGCCUUUCCUAUGCCAACUAUGAGUUUGCUAGUUCUCGUGUCCCAGGAUUGAGCAUAGAGUGCCUCCACUCUUACCAUUCUGCAGGUCAUCGAACCCUGCUUGGCACAGUCAAAACAUUGUAUUUAAGGAGGUGAUAGUUUUGCUAAUAUCACUGUUUUAAAGAAUAUACAUUUAAGAAUAUACAUUAAGAGGGAGAAAGCCCACGAGGCUUUUAGUAUAUUAUCAGUAUCUUCAUUUCUAGUAUCAGAUGUUAUGUGAUAAAAUACAUUUUCUUUUCUUUCCCAGGUGCACUAUAUAUUUGUUCAAAGUUAAAUCUAUAAAAUGUAUAUACUUUAUUUUGUGAUUUUGCUAUUUAUAAAUUUAAUGUUUUAACUGUUGUUCAUUUAUGGUUUGUUUUGGGUGGUUUUGUUCAUCUGUAUAUCACCAUGUUAAUUUGUAAUAGAAGUGCACUUCAUAGUGUAUGUUGUUACUGAUAUUAAAAUACUUUGUAGCAUAACAUUGCCUCUCAGCAGAAACUAGUAUUUAAUUAUACAAAUGAGUAAGUUACAUGUUACUGUUUGUCCCUCACAGGCUAGGCCUCUUAAAAGAGAAAGAUUGUUUAAUCCUCAUGCAUUCCUCCUACCCCAAACACAUACCCUAUGCAUGACACAAGAUCUGCAAACUGGAUUUUAGCCAGUGUAUUCAUUUAGUUAAAAAAUUUCUUAUUGUAACAAGUCUAAGACUUCUUUUGCGGUUAUAUGAAACCACAUUAUUAUAUUCUUAAAACACAGCCUGGGAUGGAGUGACUGUGGCCCUUUUUUUUUUUUUUUUUCCAGACAGUAUCCUCCAUCUACCAUAGCUGAAUCCUUAGGAAAUGUAAGCUAUGCCCCUUUGAUUAUCAAGAACAUUCUGAUAAGCCUAUAAAGAUUUUUUUUAGAGCCUUGAAUGACCAUUUUUGAGAAGUCUCUGUGUAAUCUGAAGGCAUGUAUGAAAUGGUUAUGAAAUAACUUUCUCUCAAGGGCUGGUAAACAGUGAAAAGUUUUCUGAAUAGACAAAAAUUUUACAGGUCAGUUUUUCAUUCAUUCCUCUUUCACUGUGGUUUGCAUUCCUCUAAGAGAACAGUUUUGUUCAGAUGCUACUGUGAGCUUUGUCAGCUAUUAGAAAAUACCAAAUUAGAAGUUCCAUUUAGACUAUAUGGUGUUUGAGGAGUAAAUUAAGAAUGAUAGACUUUUCCCAAAGGACUGAGUGAUAAUCAGUUUUUAUACUUGGACAUUUACAGGAAGAAACUCAUGUAUAUUUAAUUCUGAAGCUCUUAGGACAGAGCCAAACAGAUAAGGAGAGAACUAUUGCAAAAGCAUUACAAUGAAAAAGGGAAACAAACACACACACACACACACAUACACACACAUCACACUCUAACAAAAAAGUUGAGAAAAGUAUUUCAACAGAAUGUGAGGAUGUGUGUGUGUGUGUGUGUAUUUAAACUUAGCCUCUAAAUUGUCUUCUAUAGUUUCUAUCAUAAAUACAAUAGAAAAGCAGUAUUAGAGUUAUGGGACUGUUGUUUAAAUGAUUUAAGAAAGAUAAAACUGUUGUGAGUCUGGUGAUUAUAACUGAACUGUUCAUUCAGAAGUUAGCACGGCUUGUCCGUGGUGCUGGUUUUUUUCCCCCCACUACAGUGGACUUACUUUGUUUUCAUGUUUAGAAGCAAAAAGGCAUAUUGAUUCAUGUGUAAGUUGCACAUUAUUUGACAUUCUUAUUUUGUAAUUCACUGUUCGACCUACCUAGUCUUCCACUUAGGGUUGGCCUCAAAUCUAUAGGAUUUAUGACAAAUGUAUCAUAUCUAUUAAUAGUUGAGUUUAAUAUUUUU